AUGAGGCUAAUUACUAUCUUUAUUGUGGGAGUAAUUACUAUCUUUAUUGUGGGAGUAAUCACUAUCUUUAUUGUGGGAGUAAUCACUAUCUUUAUUGUGGGAGUAAUCACUAUCUUUAUUGUGGGAGUAAUCACUAUCUUUAUUGUGGGAGUAAUCACUAUCUUUAUUGUGGGAGUAAUCACUAUCUUUAUUGUGGGAGUAAUCACUAUCUUUAUUGUGGGAGUAAUCACUAUCUUUAUUGUGGGAGUAAUCACUAUCUUUAUUGUGGGAGUAAUCACUAUCUUUAUUGUGGGAGUAAUCACUAUCUUUAUUGUGGGAGUAAUCACUAUCUUUAUUGUGGGAGUAAUCACUAUCUUUAUUGUGGGAGUAAUCACUAUCUUUAUUGUGGGAGUAAUCACUAUCUUUAUUGUGGGAGUAAUCACUAUCUUUAUUGUGGGAGUAAUCACUAUCUUUAUUGUGGGAGUAAUCACUAUCUUUAUUGUGGGAGUAAUCACUAUCUUUAUUGUGGGAGUAAUCACUAUCUUUAUUGUGGGAGUAAUCACUAUCUUUAUUGUGGGAGUAAUCACUAUCUUUAUUGUGGGAGUAAUCACUAUCUUUAUUGUGGGAGUAAUCACUAUCUUUAUUGUGGGAGUAAUCACUAUCUUUAUUGUGGGAGUAAUCACUAUCUUUAUUGUGGGAGUAAUCACUAUCUUUAUUGUGGGAGUAAUCACUAUCUUUAUUGUGGGAGUAAUCACUAUCUUUAUUGUGGGAUUAUUAUAG